AUGUCUGAAACGGGUUUCACGGGAUUUGAUUUGAGACAUAACUUGGAUGCGGUCGACGGCGCCCACGGAAUCUAUUCCACCGAUUAUUAUACAGAAAGUGCUGUUAAAUUAAUAUCCGAUCACAACAUUGAGAGACCACUAUUUGUGUACAUGUCUUACCAGAGCGUCCACUCAGCCAACAGUCCGUACGAACUCCAGGCGCCCAAACAAUUAGUCGAUAAAUUCAGUUAUAUUAAGGACGAGAAUAGGAGAAUAUUUGCGGCCACUCUUUACUCAAUGGAUUUGUCAAUUGGAAGGAUUGUCAAUGAGUUGCAUAACAAGAAUAUUCUUAACAAUACUAUCAUUUUAUUCAUGAGUGAUAACGGGGCAGCUAUUAGUGGUUUUAUGGCCAUAAUACCCUUCAUCACGGCUGUAUACCUGGGUGCGGUACCGGCCGCUGGAGAUGUCGAGCGGCUUUCCCAAACUGACCCUCCCGCUGCUGCUCGGUUUGUGAAUUACAUUCGCCAAUAUUCUGGCAAUUACUCCACUAAUCAGCUGCUCAUUCCUAUGGUCGGCAAGCGCCUGGUUCACGAACAUGGACAAACUGAUCCGUACCGCGAUACGGUACUGGCACUUCCUAGUACCGGUGCCAGUACCUCGGUACUGGUACGGUACUGGUACUGGUGUUGCGAUACAAACGGUACUAACGGUACUAGAGAGGUACUAACGGGACUGGAGGUACUAACGAUACUAGAGGUACUAACGGGACUGGAGUCCAACAACACUCUCACCAGUAAAUCCGACGACUUUUUCCCAUACGCUUCGGACAACAACACCUAUUGGACGGGUUAUUUCACUUCUCGACCGGCGCUCAAACGAUACGAAAGGGUUGGCAACAAUUUUCUACAGGUGUGCAAACAGUUGGACGUAUUGGCCGGUAUGGGCGGCGCUUACGAUAAGGAGGUGACUGCUCUACGCGAAUGGCAGGCUGUUAUGCAACACCAUGAUGCUAUUACGGGCACCGAGAAACAGCACGUGGCCGAUAAUUACGCCCUCAAACUGGCCAAGAGUAUUGCCUGCUGCGAACGGGUGGUGGACAGGGCUGUGGCCAAAUUGGCCGCAAAAUCAAUGGCCAACCGGACUGUCCAGUCUGUACCGGAGCAGCUAUUUUGCCAACAGUUGAAUGUUAGCGCUUGCGAGUGGACCGAGUCGUUGAACACAUCGCUAGCCGUUACGGUGUAUAACCCGUACGGACAGCCGGUGCGGCACAUAUUGCGACUGCCGAUCACCGACCGGUCGCACGUAUUGGAGCUCAAAGAGCGGGUUAGCGAAGCGGUAGAGGAACUAGUGUUUAAAGCGUCGGUACCGGCGCUCGGAUUUGCCACUUAUAUCUUAAAACCUCAAGACACAGGCGUUUCCCGGACAGCACCGUUAGUGCGUAGAGUGGAGCGUGACUUUCGGGUACAAACCCCGGGCUUUAACGUGCAUUUCGAUGGGUACGGACGGUUACAGGCGCUGCAGUUUCGCGACUCGGGUAGGACGGUGUCGGUGCGUCAGGAGUUUGCUUACUUAAUCAUCAUUGAAAGCAUAAUUAAAAUUAAUAUAAAUGAUGUACAAUAA